AAUUACGGUUAAUUGUCUUGGGCUUCCUGUUUUAUCUGUACUGUACCUGGCUGAAGAUCCGAAGAAAGUACAAUGAGCCAAAUCAGACAGUCUUUGGGCAGCAAAUCUGGAUCAUGCAAUGUCCAAGGCUACACAGCUUGUUCCAUUGGUGGAGGAUUUGUAGGGCCAAAAUAUAAUUUCAGCUCUUUAUCAUCUGCUGGAGGUAACCCCAUCUACCACAGCAGUGGAAAGCUAAAAUCCACUGGAAGCCUAUAUUGUUUAGGGGGUCACAAAAGGACCUCUAUCAGCAGUGGGAGAGUCCUUGGGUCCACGUUGGGUACCAGCAAGAGUUUUGGAACCGACACCUUUCCGAUAUGUCCACCAGGAGGUAUCCAACAGGUUACAGUCAACCAAAUUCUCCUCCAGCCAGUAAAUGUAGAUAUUGACCCAAAUAUCCAAAAGGUGCGAAGCGAAGAAAGGGAUCAGAUCAAGUGCCUCAACAACAAAUUUGCAGGUUUUAUUGACAAGGUUCGAUUUCUUGAACAACAAAAUCAGAUUCUGGGAACAAAAUUUAACUUUUUGCAAGAAAAAAGUCAGAAACUUUCCUCUAGGAGAGACACUAUUAAACCAUUGUUCGAUACCUACAUUACCAACCUUCAGAGACAACUGGAAGGAUUAAAGAAUGAAAAAUGCCACCUAGAUGGGGAUCUAAAGAAUAUGCAAGAUGUGGUGGAAGAGUUCAAGUGCAAAUAUGAUGAAGAGAUUAAUAAGAGAACAUGUGCCGAAAAUGAGUUUGUUUCCCUCAAAAAGGAUGUGGAUAUAUUAUACAUGAAAAAAGCAGAGAUGGAGGCCAAAGAGGAAUCCUUGGGAAAUGAGAUGAACUUCUUGAGGAGCAUCUUUGAUGCGGAACUAGCAGAACUACAAGAAUGUUUGUCUGAUAUUAAUGUUGUUCUGUGCAUGGACAACAACCGGGACUUGGACCUGAAUGGCCUCAUUGCAGAUUGUAAAGCUCAGUAUGAGGAAAUUGCCGUCAGAAGCAAAGCUGAAGCCGAGGCUGCAUAUGCCAAAAAGUUCCAGCAGCUGAAGGACGCAGCAGGACAACAUGGAGACAAUAUACGGAGCUCUAAGACUGAAAUUCAAGACCUGCAUACCAUGAUAAAGAGACUGCAGGCAGAGAUUGAGUGUGUGAAGAAACAGAUUGCUGCUCUGCAAGCCACCAUUUGUAAUGCUGAAUCCAGAGGUGAGGCUACAGUGAAAGAUGCCAGAUGUAAGAUGUCAGAGUUGGAGGCUGUAUUACAGAAAGCCAAAGAGGACUUGGCCCUUCAGUUGAAGGAAUAUCAGGAGCUUCUCAGAGUCAAAUUAGCACUGGAUGUGGAAAUUGCUACCUACAGAACUCUUCUGGAGGGAGAGGAGAGCAGAAUGCAUGGAGAAAUUACUAAUGAUGUCAAAAUGUCUGUGUACAGUACUGGAAAGCUUGGAAAUGCAAAUGCUGAAUGUAUAUCUUCAUGCAACUUGAAAAACAGUGGAAGUAUCCUUGCAGGAGUAGAAGCCCCCAAGUGUGCUCCCAAGUGUGCACAGUCAGCAAAACCCUGCGGACCCUCCUGUACCAAACCAGGCUAUUAGAUAUGUAAGAUUUACUUUAAAAGACCCCAGUCAGAAAAAAUAACAACCAUCUUCAGCAACUGCUGAUUCUCUGUCUACUU